AUGGAGUUGUUACAAAAGGCCAAAGCAGCCGACAAUAAGGUAUAUAAGAAAGCAAAUUCGCUCAAUGAUCGCGUCGCAACAAUGACGAAGCAACUAGUAUCGAAGACAGCGGUCUUAGGCGAGGAAAUGGCGUCGAGAACGAAGGCCGUGGGUGCAGAAUUCGUGUCCAGAUCUGAAGCGGUGCGGGAAACGCUGAGAGGAACGGCUGCGGUAGUCUCGGGCGAGAUCAAGGAGAAAACAGCGAAUAUUGCAGGGGAGGUGGUGUCUAAAACGGCGAACAUCGCGGGGGAGAUGGUAUCGAAAACGACGCAAAUCAAGGAAGCCCUCAAGACCUCGCUCACAUCGCUUGGGGGCCGUCCACAAGCCACUAGCACGAAGAUUGAAGUUGACGUGGCAGAAUGCGACUGCACCGAGAGCAGCGACGUCUUGGCGCCUCUGCAGAGCCCGUCGAAACACCGUCAGGCCCGGACGAGCCCCCGGGGCAACGCGUAUCCUUCCCUCUGGUCCGACGUUGACCGUUUCCUUCCUAGCGAUCUCCCCGCCAGUGAUCCUAGCCUGGAGCGAGGCAAUGAGGAGGAAUCGGACGGCACACAUUCGACACGUGCCAUCUUAACGCCUGACCAAUCAGAGCCUUCGAUUGCAGCCGAUCAGCCCCCAAUCGGCGUCACUCUUCCCAGCACGCAAGUGCCUGAGAUGAACGGUUCGGAUCAUUCCGAGUCACAAGGCGUUGACAGUGUAGGAGAGGGGUUUGUGGUUCCUCGGUUGGGCCACGAGGAGCACGUGGCGGGGGAAGGAGAGGAGGGCAAGAAGGGGCAGGGGAGGGGUGGGUCUAGGCGCGCGCAAGAGGAGGAGUUUAGCAUGAACCUGUGGCUCAUGGGGAGCAGCAACGGGGGAAGCAGCACCACCAGCAGCACCGCCGGCUGGUUUCCCGCGAGCAGCUCGCAGACGCAAGUCACGCUCGCCGCCCCGGGCUGCCAGCUUUCUCCCUCCUGGAGCAUCAACGGAUUCCAAAACAGCCAAUCGCUAGGAGAUGCGGCGGGGAAGGAAAGGGAGGGGAGGACAGGAGCGGAGGCUGAGGUAGAAGGGGGUGGUAGGAGAGAGGGGGAAGCAGAGGGGGGGGAUGACGCAGGAGAAGGGUGGCACCCCACGCCUCCCGCAGUGGUGCAGAGCCCGUUCGGGGUGUCCACGCAGCUAGAGGCAGCAGGAACAGGGCAAGCGGAGGGGUGCGGGGACAUGGACAGGGUGUGGGAGGAGCUGUACGUGCAGAGGGAGUGUGCGUCGCUGCCGUCGUCCCCCAAAGAGUCCAAGGGGGCGCUGCCCGCCAUCAAGCGCCUGCUGAUCGCGCGCAGGGAGUCUGUGCAGCGCGUGGACAGCCGUGACAGCGUUGCUAGCACAGACAGCCGCGGCAGCAUCUCACGCCGCGCCACUGUGGGAAAUGACGGCUGGCAGCAGCUGGAGAUUGCGGGUGGGGUGGGAGAAGUACCGCGGCGGCGGCGGCGGCGGCGGCGGCGACGGCAUUCAAUGGACUCGAUCCAGGUGGAAGGGUCGGGGUUGAAGCAGAGGGCGGUGAGCGAGCUCGCCAUGCACCGCCUGUCACAGUCGCCAUUAAGCCCGUCCUCUCAAGGCUCCUCCUUGCACGGUGCAGAGGGCUCCCAUGCAGGGUGGCAUGGGCAACCGGGGGCGAGGAGUGAAAGAGUGAUUCCAGUGGCCCGUCCCGUCCCAUCGCCUCUACAGCCGCCCUCGCCUCUUCAGCCACCCUCUCCUCGCCUGCCGGCCGUCCGAUCUACCCCGUUCAUGAGCUAUGAGCACCCAGAUCUAUACCCGCAGUCGUUACAGUCGCCUCGGUCAAGGCUAUCACCUCAGUCAAGGCAGUCUCCUAGGUCAAGGCAGCCCCCGCAGUCGAGCAAUGAAUCCUCCUCAAUCAAAGCAGUCUCUUUCAUCCAAGCAGUCCCCUCCGCCAAAGCAGUUCCCACCAUCAGUGCAGUUGCCUCAGCCAAUGCAGCCCCCUCAGUCAAUGCAGUCUCCUCGGUCAAUGCAGUCUUCUAG